AUGGACACAGACACAGGCAUGCACCAAAACCAACACAACAACCAACACAACAACCAACACAACAACCAACACAACAACCAACACAACAACCAACACAACAACCAACACAACAACCAACAGUUCAAAACCCUGCACAACAACCACCUCCACAACCAGCACAACAACAACCACAAACAGAGCAAGGACAUAAAAGAAGUAGAGAAAAAGGAAACCAAGAAUUCUUAA